AUGAGUAAAAUGGACAUAGAACAGCAAAACCAACUAAUUAAAGAAGCUGCAGCUUAUUUGUUAAAGAAAAUCAAAUCCCACUAUGGUUCUGAUGAUGGAUUUCAACCACAGGCUCUUAUCAUUUGUGGUUCUGGUUUAUCAGGUAUUUCUAAAAGACUCUCUAGGGAACAAAAGCCCAUGUCCAUCCCGUACUCCGAGAUUCCUGGUUUUAAAUCAGGUACCGUUGCCGGCCACAGCAGUGAAUUGGUUUUUGGUGUAAUGAACAAUACACCUGUUGUCCUGAUGAAAGGUAGACUACACGGCUACGAAGGUCAUGCUUUGCACGAGACAACAUUUCCCAUUCGUGUGUUGCAUCAAUUGGGCACUGUCAAAACUUUGAUUGUCACCAAUGCGUCUGGAGGAUUAAACAGGAAGAUCAAGGAAUGUGAAUUAGUGUGCCUCAAUGAUCAUAUUAGUUUGCCGGGAAUGACUGGUAAUAAUGCUUUGGUUGGCCCUAAUUUUGACGAAUAUGGGCCCAGGUUUCUUGCAAUUUCUGAUGCCUAUGAUUUUGGAUUGAGAAAAUUGUUAUUCCAAAAGCAUAAAGAGCUUGGUAUGGAACGGAAGUUGCAUGAGGGUGUUUAUGCUCAUGUUUCAGGGCCCACUUAUGAAAGUAGAGCUGAGAGCAGAUUCUUAACAUCACUUGGAGCUGACUGUGUUGGUAUGAGCACCGUUCCUGAGGUUAUAGUUGCAAGACAUUGCGGAUGGAAAGUGCUAGCAUUGUCUUUAAUCACUAAUGUUGUCGUUUUAGAUCCACCCUCCAGCGUUUUUGCUGAGAACCCGGAGUCUUUAACAGCAGGUAAAGCUGACCACGAAGAAGUAUUGAGGAAUGGAUUGAAGGCUUCAGCGGAUGUGGAAAGAUUACUUGAGGAGGUGGUUGGUCAUUUGUAG